CAAAAAUAAGUAGACACUCCGAUUCACAUUUCAAAAGACUAGAUGGUGGUAACUCAUAGCCAAAUUACACGGUGAUUUAUAUAAAAGAUCGUAUACAUACAGUUUUUAUUGUAUAUGACUAUAAUUAUUAGUGUUAAGUCCCCCUUAUUUAGGGAGAUCGCAAAAUGGUUUAUUACAGAAUGCAGAAAAACCUGUUCACAAUGUUAGACGGUGCUACGUUGACGAUGCUGAAACUGCUGUGUUUAUUGCUCGUGAUAUGUUCAGUACAAAGCCUUCAGUUGGACAGUCAGGCGUCGACGCGGAGGCCGAGGGUUACGAAGUACAGCAAAACAACCACUGCGCCUGGUGGCACCACGGAGCCGGCUACCGAGAGGAGUUUGAUGACGGCGACGUACCGCCUCCAGACGGCAGAUGAGACCUGCAUACUGCUGACGGUGGAUGCGCUACUCGACAUCUCCUACGUCACCAAGCUUAAUGAACGAGCCGACGCAAACACUUUUGUGCCGAACAAUGCUAAUGUGGGCGGCAGAUGCAAGGAAGGUGAUGCUGAGACGUUGGUACUAUCCUUCAAGGAGUUCUCAUUACAAUUCGCAUUUGCCAAGACGCCUGGCGGUGAACGUUGGUACGUGGAAAACAUCAAGUUGAGUUACAACUCCAGCGCACGUAUCCUGGAGCAUGCGGCGAAGCAGGGCCGGAGGGUGACCCUAACAACCGAUGCGAGGUCCCUACUGUUCCCCACGCCUGUUGGCAAAUCCUACAGUUGUCCGGACGAGACAGUAGUAGAACUAGCUGAAGAAGAUGCCAACGCUAACUCCGGUCAUCGUGCGAAACUCUACCUCCGUCAAAUGCGUCUCCAGGCGUUCAUGUACAAACGUAACGGCGAGUUCGGCCCGGUCUGGCACUGUUCCGACUCAGCACGAGCCCGGUCCGAAGCUGCUCCGGUUGCAGUUGGAGCAGCAUUAGCCAUAGCCACAGCUGGCACCCUGGUAGGGUACGCUAUAUGGCGCUACUUGAAGGUCAAAAAGGUACAAUACGAUACGAUGGAAUGAGGCCGGAACUAAGUAGGGUUGUUGUGUUUUGUAUGAAGCUGUGUAUACUAGGCGAUGAUUGUUGAAAUUAAAUUACAGGGUACGGAAGCAUGAUCUUCUUCUUCAGCAUGGGGUAGCC